UUUGCUUUGUUUAACGAAAAUCAUUUACUUUGUGCGAAAAAAAAUUAUUUAUUUCGUGUUUUAUUUACUUUGCUAGGGAGUCGUAGGAUCGACCAGUCGCGACUCGCUAGCGCGGAUACGCGACUGCGCGUGUGCGCGCACCGGGACCACUGUUCGCUAGUAGUUACCUAAAUACUAAAAUAUACUUCUCAUCUGAAUUUUAAAUUCUUUGUGAAGCACGCUAAUCGCAUGUUAAACUGAUAGAGUCGAAACGUACAGCGUUUCCCCAUUGAAACACACACACACCCCAAGAAAGAAAGAAAGCCAUCGUGGUCACAACUUGGCCAUUUACCACGGUCUGCAACAACCCCCGAUGAUAAAUAUGCCUCUUUAAAGAAAAAAAAAAAACUAAGAUAUAUAAACAUAAAUAAUAUACAUGUAUAUAUUUAUAUUUAUAUUUUAUAUUUCUACAUAGAACAGUUCGCCAACGAAAACAACAGCUAUUUAUAGCUCAAUACUUUUUUUGAUUUACUGCAGGAUAUGAACCAGCUUCGAUAUAUUUAUUGUUCAUUGAUAUAAUCGGAAAAGGUCUGUGUGCAGAGACGUGCAUCGUCAUGUAUUUACAUGUAUAUAGCAGCACUUAUGGUAGGUGCAGUAUUAAUUAGAAAGAAAUUAAGUUUCUGCGUAUCUUGAAGCCCUGGGUUGCCGUAAAGCGGUACGGAGUGUCGGUAGUUUGUCUUGUGUUUAUGAUCAGAGUCUGCCGAAAAUUGCAGUUUUGAUCAGAACCCGUUUGUGUGUUCGGCAGAUUUGGACUCCCCGUUUGGAGCGAGGGAUAGUCGGUUUUUUUAACACUUCAAGGAAGCUUUCCAUUCACAAAGUAUGACAUGGAGGGACAGACUAGAAAAUCUCCUUGACAUCGCCUUGAGAAUCCCUCCUCUUUUCGUGAUGGAUGCUAUACUAAAUAAGCAAACAUCUGUAGGAUUUUGGUUGCUUUUCAACAUCAAAGAACCGCCAGAUUCGUGGGGAUUUAGUACUAUCACGUUUCUCUUUGAUUUUGCAGGUUUCCUGUCUUCUUUGUUUGUCUUCUGCCUUGAACUCAACUACAUCCAGUUAGUAUAUUCUUACAUCUUCUCUGGAGGAAUAAUUAUUCUGUGCCAGCAUAUAAAUUCCUCAUAUACACAGAUGCCACUAACUUAUAGUGUUUGGUUUUUAAAAGAAGAAUUAGCCUUCAAAAGUUUAAAGCGUUUUCUAUUCUUUGUAGUAGUUAAUUUCACUUUACAAAGGCUUUUUAUUCAUUUUCGAAGAAAGGGCCGGUUGUGGGCAUACUUUGAAGGAAAUUACCUAGAAUUUAGUAUUUACAUUUCUUUUCUUUUGGUAGUAUUUAGCAAAUUAGUUACAGACAUUUACACACCUCAAAUUUUAAUAUAUCUACACACUUUUUACACAUUUUCUUUGCUUCUUUUUGAAAUAAUUUUAGAAAGACAUAACAUUUUUACAUUUAUCCAAGAUUCCUACCAAUCUGUUCGUGAAGAUUUGGGAAAUUUUGGAAUUCAAAUUUUCCUUGAAUCCCACUGGAUUCGUCUUCACUUUCCACAAGUAUUUCGUUUGUUCUGGUUCAGCCGUUUUAUGUACCAUUUACUGUUUUAUGUCAACAUGAUAGCUCUACCAGACAAUGCAAGUGCAGAUGAAGUUUUUUCAAAAUUAAUUUCGGGGAAGAUACCUGAAAACACUUUGGAACUUUAUACGGUGAUUAGUAAAAGUCUACUUGUCCGUGGCUGUGAUACAUUUAUUGCCCUUUUUGGGCUUACCUGCAUUGUUUCCCUCAUCUCACAUUAUAUAGGCAUCUUUGUUGCAUAUUUUGUUGGUUGUGAUGUUGAGGAAGAUCGAAAUGCUGACCGUAAUGUUGGCUUAUUAUCUGCCAUGCUGUUCUUAGUUUUAGCAUUACAAACAGGUCUAACUAGUCUUGAGGUUGAUGCACGUUUAGUAAGACUGUUCCGUAAUUUUUGUUUAUUAUCGACUGCUAUUUUUCAUUUUGUCCACAGUAUGGUACACCCUAUUCUAAUGUCAGUAAGUGCAUCACGAAAUUCCGUGCCCAAUCGACACAUACGACCAUUAUUGAUGUGUUUUAUUCUCAUCCUUUUCCCCUGUCUUCUCCUGAAAUAUCUCUGGAGUCACCAUUCUACAAGUACUUGGCUUUUGGCCGUGUCGGCAUUUAGCAUUGAGAUCAUUGUCAAAGUCCUCGUUACAGUAACUGUGUACAUUUUGUUUAUGAUAGAUGCUUACAGAAAUAGCUUCUGGGAGGGAUUAGAUGAUUAUGUCUAUUAUAUUCAAUCUGCUGGCAAUACUGUUGAGUUUUUGUUUGGAAUCUUCUUAUUUUGCAAUGGCACAUGGAUUAUGUUGUUUGAAUCUGGUGGAACCAUCCGUGCUAUCAUGAUGUGUAUACAUGCUUACUUCAAUAUAUGGCUGCAAGCGAAAAAAGGUUGGAAAAUGUUUAUGCACCGUCGGACAGCUGUGAGCAAAAUCAAUUCUCUUCCUGAUGCAUCUGAAGGACAGUUACAGGAACUCAACGACCUGUGUGCUAUCUGUUUUGAACAUCUGAAUUCGGCAAAGAUAACACCAUGCAACCAUUACUUCCAUGGAGUAUGUCUGCGUAAAUGGCUUUAUAUCCAAGACAAAUGUCCAAUGUGCCACAGUUUGAUAUACGAAAUCAGACAGCUAGACUAAUACUGUUGUAAAACAAGGCCAUACCAGAUAUAUAACAGCAACAGGUAGCAGCAACGGCAUCGUGUUCUGAACAUUUCUUCAGACCUGUCAGAUUUUUGUUUAAGAAUUUCAUUGUUACCAUUUUAUGCAUAUCUCAGGAAGAAAUGAAACUUAAAAGGUGAGCUGGAAGUUUGUUCUGAAGUUUGAGGUUGAAGAAAUCUCUCAGUUUUCACGACAAGGAUAUUUUUUAAACAACAUCUGACUGCUUCACACUCUAACAUGAUCUGCCUUUUUACAAUUUUGAAUGUUUUAUGUCCACCAACAAAGGAUCCAACUAAUAACUUUCAUGAUUCUACAUUUGACAAAAUGAUUAAAAAAAAAAGGGAUUAUCAACCUAAAUUUUUAAGAGUUUCCUUUUUGUGUAAACAAACUAGUCUCUAUCACAGAUCCCUUGAUGACUAUUAUUAAUCUGUAAAUAUGUAAUAUACGGAAAAAACUGAUCUCUGGACUUAUUUAUGCAAAGAGAAAUAUAAAAAGUUGAAUGUGACCAUUCAUGUAGACGUAGCAUAAUGGAAAAGUUAGCAACUUUUUUUGUUAUAAAUU